AUUGACAUGUAUUCUGGGUUGCAAGGGAAGCGUAAUAUGGAUAGGCAUGGAGAUGAUGAUGGUGAUUGUGAGGUGGUGGAGACUCAAGAGCUGUGGGAUGGGAAGGAGAUCCGAAGGUAUUGGUCAGAGGUAUCUGUGUCUGUCACCGAUGAUAAGAGCUUCUCCACUACUCAGCCUCUUUUGCUGAAGAGGAGAAACACCACUUCCCGAAUUGCCAUAAUUGGCUCCAAUCUCUAUUCCAUCGAGAGUCUCGACUAUGAGAUUGCUGAAAAUGAACUCUUUAAGCAAGAUUGGAGAUCAAAGAAGAAGAAGCAAAUAUUUCAGUAUGUACUGCUCAAGUGGGCAUUUGCUCUUCUCAUUGGACUCGGAACUGGACUAAACCUUAUUCUUUCUGUUACAAUCCAAACUGGCUAUUCCUUUAGGAUAACUUAA